AUGGAGGAUAAAACAGAAGAACGUAGAAAUUGUUGCCAAACCCUGGGGAAAGCCUUUAGAUACGAAUUUAAGUGUCGAAAUCUGGGAUUCAGUGGAGCUAACUAUGAAUUCUUCCCAUUUGCUCAAUGGAUGUGGAUGGAUAAGUUCUUCUAUCCAAUCUUCCGAUUCAUCAUUGCCAUCGGGCUGUUAGCUUGGGCUUGCGUGGAAAUUGUGGAGGAAAUUGAGCAAAGGAUAGAUACGCACACAAAGAGCAAAUACUUCCUCUAUGCCACAAAUUGGGCGUUUCUCACAUACACUUUCAGCUCCAAUGUCUUCGCAAUAUUCUGCACGUUUUACAAUUGCAAGAAAGAUGCAACAGUUUCAAGGUGGAUUAGUGAAAUUCUCUGGUUCUUUUACGGCAUGUCGAUGAACACAGUCGUGGUCACAUCUCUCGGUUACUGGGCUGCAUUAUGGGAUCCAACAUACAAUCGUUUCUACCAACCAGAAUCGGAGUACAAACACUCAAUUCCAGCCCUUACGGUAGUCUUAGAUCUGUGGAUAAAUGGACUCCCAAUUCGACUACUUCAUGCUUUAUAUCCAAUGAUAUUCGGUAUACUUUAUUCCACUUUCUCCUAUCUAUACUAUGAUGCCGGCAAUGUUGACCCAAUAUAUCCGAUACUCGAUUGGAGUCAACCUGCGAAGGCUGCUAUUAUCUGUUUGACGAUCAUCAUCGUCGGUCUUUUUGUGCAGUUCCUUCUCUACCUUCUCUAUGUUGGUCGCAUCACUCUGAGCGCACGCCUCAAUGGACGAGGUAAAGUCGUUGAGGAGAGGUGGUGGAGUGAGAGUUCUCAAGCCACUCCCGUCAAAGAGGCCAUCAGGGAUAUUGGAGCUAUAAAAUUUGCAUAA